AUGGCUUCCCAAGAAGUUGAUAAAGCAGUGCCGGAGACAGCCUCAGCAGCUGGUAUCCCAGGCAGCCCAGAACCAGAGGGAGUGAGUACUUCUUCAUACCAGUCCAUGGAAGAGUCAAACACUUAUCAGAAGGGAGAACUACAAGCCCUCGGGGCCAUCCAGAUCCUGAAUGGAGCAAUGAUUCUGGCUCUGGGUGUUUUUCUGGCCUCCUUACAACACCUGUCCCAUGGGUUCAGGCACUUCUUUUUCUUUACCUUCUACACAGGCUAUCCGAUAUGGGGCGCUGUAUUUUUUAUUAGUUCAGGAUCCUUGUCUGUUGCAGCUGGGAGGAAACCCACAAGAAUGCUGAUGCAGAACAGUUUCGGGAUGAACAUUGCCAGUGCUAUAAUUGGACUAGUUGGAGUUGUUUUUCUUUCAUUGAAUUUAGCAAUUAAUAACAACUCACUCAAAAGUUGUCAGUCCUCACAGUCACUGGACUUAUGCAUUUACAUGGGUUCUACAUCGCAUGGCCUGGUAUCUCUAAUGCUCAUCCUCACCUUGCUGGAACUGUGUGUAAGCACCUCUAUCUCAAUCAUGUGGUCCAAAGCAAAGUGCUGUGCUUCAAGACCACAGAUUUCUUCACCACCAGAUUCUGUGGAAUCAGGAAUACCUCCUGAUGAAAGUCAUCCUGAUGAAUACUCAAGCUAA